GCACGAUGAGAGAUCGUCCAGGAGGCUGGUGUUGAUGGGGCAAAGGGCAAUAGCACUUGAAAUCGUAGAAGCAAGUCGGGGAGGGGGGUCAGUGUCAGAAUAUGGUAGGCCCUGGGAGAACUCCGGCUUUUCGUCUGCACGAGCUGGGGAACGGCCGAAGGUUUCUGCGCACAGCACGGACCUAUGUGCCUCAGCUUUAAGGGAAUCACCGUGGCCGCUGCUGUGAACGCAGAGGAGGGCGCAAGCGUGGGAGCAGGAACCCAAGGAGGCGGGAAACGAUGGGGCUUUCUGAAUGUAUUGGAGCCCACAGAAAGAGCCCACAGAUCUGCUGCAGACCGGAAGGGGGCGCGAGAAAGAGCGGACAGAGGCAGACGCCGGGGCUGGCGGCGAUGGCGCAGCAGUCGGAGGAAGGGGAAGGCCUGCGAGAGGCGCCCGCGGCCCAGCGCCGGCCUUCGGGUCCCACCUUGCGGGUGAUGUUGUGCACGUAGGGGCACGUGUUGCAGGCGAAGCGGUGGCAGCGUUGUCCCUCCUCCACGAUCAGCCCGUUCCCGCAGCCGGGGCAGAACAGCAGCAUGGUCUGGAACUCCGCAGGCGCCAGCCACCGGCAGCUCCACUGCCGCUCAGCGCCGACGCGCCGCCCGCCUCGAGCUUACAUUGGUCCUGGCAGCCGCCUCGCCCCGCCCACCAACCAAUAGACAGGGCGAUUCUGCGCUCUCAGCCCGGCUGCUGGCUGUCUCCACUUGUCAUUGGUCACUGCAGCCGCCCACCCCUCGGCGCACCAAUGGCUGGGCGGCCUCGCUGGGACCGGCCGCAGUUCCUGCGCGUGCGCGCUGGGCCUCCCUGGUGCCGACUGGCAGUGCCGGCAGAGACCGGCUGAGAGGUGCGGCCCUGGAGGAGACGGAGGCCGCGGGUGGGCCCGAGGCGCAAGAGGAAGAUGAGGACGAAGAAGAGGCGCUGCCGCACUCCGAGGCCAUGGACGUGUUCCAGGAGGGUCUGGCUAUGGUGGUGCAGGACCCGCUGCUCUGUGAUCUGCCGAUCCAGGUUACUUUGGAAGAAGUCAACUCCCAAAUAGCCCUAGAAUAUGGCCAGGCAAUGACGGUCCGAGUGUGCAAGAUGGAUGGAGAAGUAAUGCCUGUGGUUGUAGUGCAGAGUGCCACAGUCCUGGACCUGAAGAAGGCCAUCCAGAGAUACGUGCAGCUCAAGCAGGAGCGUGAAGGGGGCAUUCAGCACAUCAGCUGGUCUUAUGUGUGGAGGACGUACCAUCUGACCUCUGCAGGAGAGAAACUCACAGAAGAUAAAAAGAAGCUCCGAGACUAUGGCAUCCGGAAUCGAGAUGAGGUUUCCUUCAUCAAAAAGCUGAGGCAAAAGUGAGCCUCCAGACAGGACAGCUCCCUUGAUCACUGGUGGCUGAGCUUUUUCCCAGCAGGAUCGGAUCCUCGAGUCAUUGUACCUCUUUCACAGAAAGGCACCCAACAGGAACGGUCAGCAUGAACCUGGGGGCCCUCAGGACUAGGACAGGGUGUGCCAGUGCUCCCUUCUUUCAUGUACUUGGCCUGAGACUGACCUCUCCUUGGGUCCAAAGACCCUAGUCACAUGGCAGAGCCACGGCCUGGUCCUGUGUAUAAAAUAAACCUGUGUGCUUCUUAGUUUGAAAAGUCAAAA